UAAAUGAUUGCUAGUUACCACGACCAAAACAACUUCAUCAGCUGAGAAACUGUGGCAAAGAAAGAUUCGCUUCCACCAAAUAUGGGACAGCAGCGAGAAUGCAUUGUCGUCAAUAUGCGUUCAGCGAUAGUGCUAAUUAUCGUAUUCGUGCUUACCGGCAUAAGAAAUAGUGAAACAGCCAGUGGGGGCAAUCAAAUGGAUCUAACGGAUGUAAAGAGUGAUCAACGGAAGGACAACAGCAAUGCUGGCAACAACAAUAAUAACGACAAUGAAGUCUUCGUACCUGCGCUGGCCAACAUGGCUAGCAAAUCAUCAUCUGCUAUCGACAGCAGCAAUAACAACAAUAAUAACAACAAUAGCAAUAGCACCACGAACAUGCUGUGCCCCCAGGACAAGGAAACGCAAUGCGAACGGCUGCAGUUCCCAUGCAUACGUUGCACUUAUAAUUUCAAUUGCCUGUACGGUCGCGAUGUGAACAUCACCUGCGAGGCUGUUAGCAAUGUGCAGUGUCAGGGCGAGCGCUCGUUCCAGCGGCAAAUGAACUGUCGCUAUUGCUACCAAACGGAGAAGUGGCAGCAGAACUGUGAGCAGCACGCCAAUUGCAAUUCAGCUGCGGAUAAGUAUUAUCGCACCAACUGCACGGUGCAUCAGGAUGUGCUGUGCCUGGGCAGUCGUUCGUUUACGCGAAAUUUGCGCUGCAACUGGACGCAAGGAUACCGCUGGAUCACGGCACUACUGAUCAGUCUGACUUUGGGAGGCUUUGGCGCCGAUCGCUUCUACUUGGGCCACUGGCAGGAAGGCAUUGGCAAACUAUUCAGUUUUGGUGGCCUUGGUGUCUGGACCAUCAUCGAUGUGCUCCUUAUAUCUAUGCACUACUUGGGCCCCGCCGAUGGCUCACUCUACAUUUAGAUCCAUUCGGAUUGUUGUGUCCAUGUGUAUUGAUCAGGAUGCGUUUCAUAAUUUUGCGCAUUAAACAUUUUGUAUAAUGCUUCAUUACUGAGCUAACUGACGAGAAACUCAUCGGAGGAAUAAGAGUAAAAGAGAGUAAAAUGUGGAAUUUAUAAAAAAUGAUGUAAAGCUGAAAAUUAAGUCUUAAGUUAACCAUUAGAAAAAUAUUCCUAAGUCAAUGUACGAAACACAUGUUCAUAUGUUGUUAUUCACCUAGAUAAGAAACAAUUAAGUAUAAUAUUUUUGAAAUAUCUGGUUAAGAUACUGGGUUCAAAAAUUGUACAUACGCAUGUUAGAAAUAAGAACAGGGAGGUAACAUUGUGUUCAGCAUGUCUUAUUGGAUAAUAAAAAAGAAAAUCGCCUUGUAUAACCAAUCUCGGUAAAAA